AGAGCCUGAAGCCACCAUGGGAGAUGAAGAUUGGGAAGCAGAAAUCGUCAAACCUCAUGUGUCUUCCUACGUUCCUGUAUUUGAGAAGGAUAAAUUUUCUUCUGGGGCAAAUGGAGACACCAUUAACAGAACUUCAGCUUCAUCAGGUAUGUAUCAAGAAUUGGAUGAUGGGCGUGCUCAACCAGAUCAUUUCAGGAGAAGUCACUUUGCCUCUGGGAGGAGUUUGGGAAAUAGAGGUUUUUCAAAUAAGUUUGAAGAAGAUGAUACCUCUGGGUUCUUGAAAGGAUCUAAUAAUGACUGUGAAGAUAAUCAAACACAGAACAGAGGGUUUUCCAGGAGAGGCAGCUACCAAGAUGGAAAUGAUGCAGAAGCUUCAGGGCCAUCCAGAAGAGGUGGACGAGGUGGUUUCCGAGGUUGCCGUGGAGGAUUUGGUGCAGGAAGAGCAAGUAAUGAAUGUGACCAUGAUGAUGGGGUGCAGCGUGUUGGUGGCCUUUUUAGUUCUAAAAGAACAGCAGUGAGUGGUACAGAUUCUUGGAAGUCAGAAGCUGAAGGAGAAGCUGGUGAUAUUCAAGGGCCAAAAGUGACCUACAUACCUCCACCUCCACCAGAGGAUGAGGACUCCAUAUUUGCACAUUAUCAGACAGGCAUAAACUUUGACGAAUAUGACACUAUUCUUGUAGAAAUAUCUGGACAUGAUUUGCCACCAGCAAUUCUUACUUUUGAGGAAGCUAAUCUCUGUCAGACACUUAAUAAUAAUAUUGCUAAAGCUGGCUACACUAAACUUACUCCUGUGCAGAAAUACAGUAUUCCUAUUAUACUAGCAGGACGAGAUAUGAUGGCUUGUGCUCCAACAGGAUCUGGAAAGACUGUGGCUUUUCUCUUGCCAAUUUUGGCCUACAUGAUGCGUGAUGGAAUAACUGCCAGUCGCUUUAAAGAACUACAGGAACCAGAGUGUAUUAUUGUAGCCCCAACUCGAGAAUUGAUCAACCAGAUUUAUUUGGAAGCCAGAAAGUUUUCUUAUGGGACUUGUGUAAGAGCUGUUGUCAUAUAUGGAGGAACACAGCUGGGACAUUCAAUCCGACAGAUAGUACAAGGCUGUAAUGUAUUAUGUGCUACUCCUGGAAGACUGAUGGAUAUCAUAGGUAAAGAAAAGAUUGGUCUCAAGCAAGUCAAAUAUUUAGUUUUGGAUGAAGCAGAUCAGAUGUUGGAUAUGGGUUUUGGGCCAGAAAUGAAGAAGUUAAUUUCUUGCCCAGGAAUGCCAACAAAAGAACAACGUCAGACACUUUUAUUCAGUGCAACUUUUCCAGAAGAAAUUCAAAGGUUGGCUGGGGAGUUUUUAAAGUCAGAUUAUUUGUUUGUUGCUGUUGGACAAGUGGGUGGAGCAUGUAGAGAUGUUCAGCAGACUGUUCUCCAAGUUGGCCAAUACUCAAAGAGGGAAAAGCUGGUCGAAAUCCUGCAAAAUACAGGUGAUGAAAGAACUAUGGUCUUUGUUGAAACUAAGAAAAAAGCAGAUUUUAUUGCAACCUUUCUCUGUCAAGAAAAAGUAUCAACUACAAGUAUUCAUGGUGAUCGGGAACAGAGAGAGAGAGAGCAAGCCCUUGGAGAUUUUCGCUGUGGAAAGUGCCCUGUUCUUGUUGCUACUUCUGUAGCUGCCAGAGGGCUGGAUAUUGAAAAUGUCCAACAUGUUAUUAAUUUUGAUCUUCCUUCCACCAUUGAUGAAUAUGUUCAUCGAAUUGGGCGUACUGGACGUUGUGGGAAUACUGGAAGAGCUAUUUCUUUUUUUGAUCCUGAAUCAGACAAUCAUUUAGCACAGCCUCUUGUGAAAGUACUGUCAGAUGCUCAACAGGAUGUUCCUGCAUGGUUGGAAGAAAUUGCCUUUAGUACAUAUGUUCCUGGCUUCAGUGGUAGUACAAAAGGAAAUGUGUUUGCAUCAGUUGAUACUAGAAAGAAUUACCCGAGCAAGAGCACUCUGAAUACAGCAGGGUUUUCUUCACCAGCCCCCAAUCCAGUUGAUGAAGAGUCAUGGGAUUAGAGCUAAAAAAGAUGUGGUUCAAGUCUGUGGUACAGUUUUGAUGCUGAGAAGACAGUUUUGAUUUUUAAAUUUUAUACAGAAAUGUGAAGACUGACAUUCUUGUAUCUCCUAUCAUCCUUUAAAAAAUAUCUUUUUUGGCUAAUGCUCAAAUGUUCAAUGUUGCAGUUACUGAUACAAAUGAUGUUAACUGGAAGUAUUAAAGCAUUCUGAAUG